AUGCCUAAUCAGCUCACGAAGCAGCAAGAUAAAUGCCCAGGCUGGCACCCUGCGGAGGAAGGCCCAGCACUCAUAGCACAGCCCCCUGAGACCUGCCCUGCACUUGACUGCAGCAGGAGGGAGUCCAGGAGCCAAGGUUGCCGCAGUGUCUCCGUCAGCCUCGCCAUGAACCUGGAACCGCCCAAGGCUGAGUUCCGGUCAGCCACCAGGGUGGCCGGGGGACCUGUCACCCCCAGGAAAGGGCCCCCUAAAUUUAAGCAGCGACAGACCAGGCAGUUCAAGAGCAAGCCCCCAAAGAAAGGCGUCCAAGGGUUUGGGGACGACAUCCCUGGAAUGGAAGGCCUGGGAACAGACAUCACGGUCAUCUGCCCUUGGGAGGCCUUCAACCACCUGGAGCUGCACGAGCUGGCCCAAUAUGGCAUCAUCUAGCACCAGGCCCUGCUGAGGUCCAGACCCUCCCCCUCCUGCCCGCUGUGCUCUAAACCCUGCUCAGGAUUCCUGUUGAGGAGACGCCUCCCUAGCCCAGAUGGCACCUGGACACCAGGGUGGGACUGCAACCUCAGGUGUCCCCCUACAUAUUAAUACGAGUCACCAGGAGCCCACCACCUCCCUCUAGGAUGCCCCCUCAGGGGCUGGCCAGGCCCUGCUCAACAUCUGGAGACACAGGCCCACCCCUCAGUCUUGCCCACAGAGAGGCUUGGCCAGUCUCCACUCCCUGGGAGAACGGGAAGUGGACCCCAGCCCGGGAGCCUGCUGGACCCCGGAUCGUCCCCUCCUCCCAGCUGGAAAGCUAGGGCAGGUCUCCCCAGAGUGCUUCUGCACCCCAGCCCCCUGUCCUGCCUGUAAGGGGAUGCAGAGAAGCUUCCCGUCUCUGCAUCCCUUCCCAGGGGGGUGCCCUUGGUUGGGACAUGCUGGGUAGCAGGACUCCAGGGCAUGUACGGUGAGCAGAUGAGGCCCCACGCUCAUCGCACCAGGGGGCCAUCCUUCUCAAUACGGCCCGCCCUUGCAGUCCCUAUUUCAAAAUAAAAUUAGUGUGCCCUCGCC